AUGGGCAUCAUGGAAUCCAAUUCAAGCCUCCCCGACGAUUUCACGCAAGCCCUUACCAACACACUCACGGAGAAAGAGAUCGAUGAUCUCCUCGAUCAGCACGGCACCUCCCCCUGCUUCGUCACUGGUCAGCUUAUGCUGCCAACAGCCCUCAAGUAUUACCUCAAUAUCGACCAGAAUGUCAACAUCUCGAAGCGCAUGGUACAAGCAACUCUGUUCGGUCAUAAGCUCUUUGUAAGAGACGAUGAACAUGCGCCCAUCCUGUGUCAAUCCUCCGCUGUCAAUCAGGCCAUCGGCAUGUUGGUUUUCGGUUUGACCAACGAUCAACAAAAGGCAUUGUAUGACUUCGAGCGUGGUACGCAGCAGCUUUCGAGUGUACAAGUACAAAUUAAUCAAAGGGAGCAGGACACUGAUGUGAAUGUCAAGCGAAUGAUCCAAGCAAACGUUCUCACUUCAGAUGCUGCCACAUCGGAGGGAUCCCUCAAUGAACUCGUGACUCCCAUGUGGAAUCCAUCUGAUUUUAUCAGAAGCCAGCGUUAUGGUCACAUGGUGAGCUCACAGGAAUUUGCAGCUUUGUCAACAGUGGGGCAACCACUCCCACUGCAAGGUUCCUCAGAAGUGACAGAAGCUUCUCCUCCUCCCGUCAUUUCUUCCUUCCCGCACCCAUCGAGCCAGAGCAGUUCAACUGCUCUGGAUCACUCGACUGGGAAUGCAACCGAGCCAGACCUUCAAGAGACGGCGGAAGCUUCUCCCCCUUCCGCCCUUUCGUCUCUUCCUCGCCCCUCGAGCCUGGACAUUUCAACUGCUUCAGAUGACUCCAACGUGGGAGGUCCGUUGGGCCGUGUCCAGGCACGUGUCGAGAUGCCGCAAGAUGCCUCGGCGAGGCGUGACAACCAGCCGGCCGAUAACCAGCCGCGAAACUCCUGGCAUCGACAGGAGAAUCGAGAAGCUAGAUGGCGCCGAGGUCCACACCGAGUCAUCCGCCUUGGUCAAGCUUUUCUCCGACGCCUAUCUCGUAGGGCUCGGGUGCGGCAAGCCUCACCUCGCAGUGGGCGUGAAGUGAGAGUAAUCUCACUUUCGAGAUCUGAAACCCUCACAGGUGAGGGAGAUCUGAGCGGAUCGACCCUCAUUGGGGGCGUCACUCCUCUGAGCGGAUCGACCCUCAUUGGGGACGUCACUCCUCUGAGCGGAUCGACCCUCAUCGGGGGCGUUACUCCCGACUCUGGCUCUUCGUGA